AUGGGAGAUCCUACGUUUGAGGAUCCGGCCCCGCGGCCAGAGGUCUCGCCGAAUCCCGGAGCGACGGAGCAAGCCCCUCCGCUGCCGGCCAGACCCCCGCCGCCGUAUGUCUUCGACGCCGCCGAGGACGUGAACCACAACCGCAGUCACAACCAGAGCGACAAUGACAGCGAUGGCCACAGGAAACGGGACACAUCACCGAGCCCGCAACUACAGCCUCAGCCCGCCUCCUUCUCAAUUCCCCGCAAAGCCGUGGCCUCUGGCUCCCGGACGCCGUCGCUGACGCUCGAGAUCAACACGUCGCAACCCGAGGACUUCGAGGGCGAGCUGGCCACCAACCACGACCUGCCGUCCCGCGACACCCUCCGCAAGAUUGGAAACUACAUUGUGCUGGACCGCGACAGCAAGACGCACCCCUUCAAGAGCCUCUUCACCGGCAGCAACGUCGCCCGCCGCGUCCUCGUCAUCUUUGUCCGCCAUUUCUUCUGUGGCAACUGCCAGGAAUUCCUCCGCUCGCUUUCCGAGGCAAUCACCCCCGAUGCCCUCCUCCGACUCCCCGUCAGCACCUUCAUCGCCGUCAUCGGGUGCGGCGACCCGGCCCUGAUCGACAUGUACGUCUCCGAGACGAACUGCCCGUUCCCCGUCUACACGGACCCUACCCGCUCCCUCUUCCAGGCCCUCGGCAUGACCAACACGCUCGCCCUGGGCACCAAGCCCGCCUACAUGCGCAAGAGCAUGACCCGCAGCAUCAUGGACAGCGUCGUUCAGGGCAUCAAGCAGAUCCCCGCCGGCUACGCCCUCAAGUCCGGCGACCAGCGCCAGGUCGGCGGCGAGUUCCUCUUCGAGCCGCGGGACCUCGUCACGCCUGUGACGACGCCCCGCGCGGAGAAGACGCAACCCGUCGGGGCGUUCGAGGAGCCGUCGGACAAGUGGGCGAAGAACGGCAAGGGUGCUGAUCACCGCGAAGACGAGGAGAAGACGGUGACCUGGUGCCACCGCAUGAAGACGACGCGGGAUCACGCCGAGAUCUCCGAAAUCAUCGAGGUGCUCGGUCUCCCGGCAGCCCGGGUCCCAGCCCAGGUCCAGCAACAGGGCUCUGGCGGCGCGCCGUCGUCGGCGACGUCACAAACGAGAAAGGGAAGAGGCCACAGCAUGGCGGAGCAGAUCCGCAAGCUCAGCGCCGAACAGAGUCGAUCUGCGCCGGCGUAA